AUGGCGAACAACGACCCAGAGCUGCCGCCUUUAGGCGACGAUGAGAGCGGCGUAAUGGGACUGACGCAAGUGGAGCCCUCGCCUGUCGAAGAGACACCCAUCGAGUUCAAAGAAGGCUAUUUUCCGCCCGAGCAAGCCUCGAGAGCAACGACGCUGGGCUUGGGGAACCAUGGACCUGCAUAUUACCUCACACGCAUCCAAAAAUACUCCUCCUACGCCUUCACCGUCUUCGCCUCCUUCCACAUAACCAACACCUCCCUCGUCCCGCUCCUCACGCGCUCUGUCCCCGAAAGUAAUCGCUACCUCCUCCUUACCCGGCCGUACUACCAGUCCUCUCUCGCCGAACCCAUACUCGUCGCACUCCCUCUCGCCGCACACAUAACUUCCGGCAUUGCACUGCGCUUCUACAGACGGCACCUGUCGCUGAAGCGUUACGGCGCGGAGACACAAACCGAUCGGAAAACGAUACCGUGGCCUGCGCUGAGCGGAACGAGCGCGCUGGGGUAUGCGUUGGUCCCACUAGCGGGGUGGCAUGUGUGGACCACGAGGAUAUUGCCGACGUACUUGCACGGGGAUAAUUCGAUGAUAUCUCUAUCGUACAUCAGCCACGGGUUCGCUCUCCACCCGAUAGUCUCAUUCGGGGGCUUCAUCGCCUUAGUAUCCGCAGGAACAUUUCACUUCGUAUGGGGGUGGGCCAAGUGGCUAGGCUUUUCUCCGGCGCAAGCUUCGCCGACCGAGUCAAGAAGACAUCUCACAAAGAAGAGACGGUGGUACACCAUCAAUGGAAUCUCGAUAGCCCUGACGGGACUCUGGCUAGCAGGAAGUCUUGGAAUAGUAGGCCGAGGGGGGGAAACGGGCGGGUGGAUAGGGAGGGAGUUUGAGGAGCUGUACAGUGCUAUGCCUUUGAUUAGAUGGUAG